AAUGUCACAAGUCAGUUGGCAAACAAGAAUAUAUUUAGAGACAUUUGGGGAAGUUUUUAUUGACUGUUCAUUAAUUAAAGGGAAGGGUCAUGUACCGUCAACAGAAUCAAUGCAGUUUUGGUAGGGGAAUGGGACAUCAGAAAUGAAACAAAUUCUGCGUGUCUUUAAAGAGUCCUGGUGGAGAGUGGCACUUUGUGUAUAUGUCAUGGUUCCCUCAGUAUCGGAGUUCAAAAUUCCGCCACGUUUACGGCAAAGCAGCUAGUAAGGAGAACUGCUAUGAUGGCGUGCCUAUUACCCAGAGUGUCCAUGACAACCAUUUUUGUGCCGUGAACCCACAUUUUAUUGCUGUCGUGACAGAAUGUGCAGGCGGAGGAGCCUUUCUUGUUAUACCAGUCAAUCAAACAGGAAAACUUGAUCCACUUUACCCUCGCAUCUGUGGGCACAAGGGGAAUGUUUUAGACAUUAAAUGGAAUCCUUUUGACGACUUCGUAAUAGCAUCAUGCUCUGAAGAUGCCACUGUGAAAAUCUGGAACAUUCCUCAGCACUUGCUCACCAAAAGCAUCACAGAGGCACAGAAGGAGCUUCUUGGACAUUCCCGGAGGGUGGGCCUCAUCGAAUGGCACCCCACUGCAAGUAACAUCCUUUUCAGCACGGGUUAUGAUUACAAAAUCAUGAUCUGGAACCUUGACACCAAAGAGUAUCUCAUUCAGGCCCCAGUGAAGACAAUCAGCUUCCAUACAGAUGUGGUCCUUUCCAUGUCGUUCAACACAGAUGGCAGCCUCUUAGCCACAGCCUGCAGGGACAGGAAAAUACGGAUCAUCGACCCACGAGUGGGGACUCUUCUACAGGAAGCAAACAACAAGUCUCACAGAGUGAAUAAAGUUUUGUUUCUAGGAAACAUGAAAAAGCUGCUCUCCACGGGGACGUCCAGGUGGAAUAACAGGCAAAUUGCACUAUGGGAUCAGAGUGAUCUUUCUGUGCCUUUACUUGAGGAGGAUGUUGAUGGCUCAUCAGGUCUCUUGUUUCCUUUCUAUGACUCCGACACACACAUGCUUUAUGUGCUUGGCAAGGGAGAUGGGAACAUCAAGUACUAUGAAGUCAGCCCAGAGAAGCCAUACCUACAUUUCCUGAUGGAGUACCGCUCCACUUUGCCCCAGAAAGGAAUAGGUGUCAUGCCAAAGAGGGGUCUAGAUGUCUCUUCCUGUGAGAUCUUCCGAUUCUAUAAGCUGAUUCCAGUCAAAAGUAUGAUUGAGCCCAUUUCUAUGAUCGUGCCUCGACGGUCUGAAUCUUAUCAGGAAGACAUCUAUCCGUUGACAGCCGGAGUCCAGCCAGCUCUGACAGCCCAAGAAUGGCUGAGCGGUGUUAAUAAAGGUCCGGUCUUGAUGUCUCUGAGACCAGGCUCUGUAAUCUUGAACUCUUUGCCGCCAUUUCCUGAGACGAAGGAGAUGUCCCUGGAAGCGACAGAGCCUGUUCGUUACCUGGGCAAGAUGACUGCCACCACUGAGAGGUUGAGCAGAGUCCACGAGAAAUGGGGAUACAGGAAGGCGGAGGAAAAGGGACAGGAAGAGAAGCCAGUGGGCUUGUCGAAUGGCUUUGAUGUGUUCGAGUGUCCCCCACCCAAAACAGAAAAUGAGCUGCUGCAGAUGUUUUACCGUCAGCAGGAAGAAAUCCGGAGGCUCCGUGAAGUGCUGAUCCAGCGAGAUGUCCAGAUCAAACAGCUAGAGCUGGAGAUCAAAAACAUCCGCAUGGAUUCAGGCAGAUUCUGACAGGUCUUAGGCUCGGCAGUCUUUGGGGGGACAGUUUAUCCCUGGAACUGUUGUUGCCUCGUAGUGCUCCUGUGGGGAGACUAUGGGCUAGAAUGGAGAAGGGGAGAUUUUCUAGCAACCGACUGACUGCCUUGAAUGCCUGUUUCCUGCCAGCUGGAGGCCGCUGGGGCUCUUUCUGGAGCUUUGCUUUCCAGCCAGCCUCGGGACAAGGAGCUACACCUGGCAUAAAAAACUGGCCCAGAAUUGCUCUUGGGAGAUGGAAAAGGCCCUUCAAGAUGAAGAAGGAGGCUCCUGCAGCACCCUGCCCCUGGCCUCUGAGGAGCAGGGUGUCCCUCAGGUUCCAGCCCCAGUGGCCCCUUGAGCUUGACUGUGUGGCAAUGGUUUCGACCGACCGUCCUGCGCUGAACUACUGCAACGCAAGGAAGAAGCCACUGGGAGCACCUCAGGGCUCUUCCUUCUCCCUCUGGAGACCUUGAUGGAGGAGCAACAUAAUUCUACGUGGAGUUACUUGCGCCUUCUGUGGCCCUGGGUGGUGGGAGGAGGUUGGGUGCAUGGGCUUAAGUCAUCAGCUUCCUUUUUUCACAUCUUGCUUUGAAAAUACAGUUGUGACCAACAGGUGAGGAACAAAAUAAUAUGUGUUGGUAUUGGAGGAUGGAAGGGGCAAGAGCGCAUCUUUUAGAGAACUAGUGUCAAAAGCCAAAAAUUGGCAUGAAUGCUUAGUGAGUAUAGUAGGACUGUGAUAUCUGUGGGGGAUCAGUUCCAAGCUCCCCUGCGGAUGCGGGAAAACUGCAGAUAUGUAUAUAUAGUAUAUAUAUAUGUAUUGCAGUCUCUGGUUCCCUCUAUUGGCCAGUUCUGGUAGUACACCUUGGAAUCGUAUAUUUCUGGGUGCUUUUUUAUUUAAUAUUUUCAGGCAGCAGCUAAGUGAAACUGCUGGUUCUGAUCCUGUGGAUAUGGCGGUUCUACUGUAUUCUGAGAGGAUACAGAGCUAAAGUGCAAUGUGUCAGAAGCAGAAAGUGUCUGUAGCUCUAAUUUUACAAACAGCCAUUUUCCAACUUUGCCUAUAAUUUUUCCCCUAAGGAUCACUUUAUGCCUUAAGAAAACAGUAAGGACUGCCCACACGUUCUCGAAGAUGGCUUUCUUCCCCAGUGCUUCAAGUGCUACCUUUCAGGUCGCUUCCUCUUUCUUUGCCUCUGCCUGGACUGGGGGGGGGGGUUGUAGUGCCGUGUCCAAGGAAAAAUGAGCGCUGAUUUUCAGCUGCUCUCAAUGAUCUUCCAUUAUUUUUCCAGAUCCUUAUAGUCUGUGUUUUUAAUUUCUUAGCAUGGUAAAAAGCACUCAUCUUUCAAAUGGCUUUCCAUCUUCUCCUUUGACGCGUACAAUUAAUACUUUGCCUGACCAUCCAUUUGUUUCUUUAGCUGCUCCUUUCAUUCUUGUCUGUGCGAAGUACCUUCUCCCAGCCAGUUUUCCUUGCUGGUCUUGGGGUCAGCUGGUCUCAAGUGUCCAAAGAUUGGGAAGCCCCGAGAGUGAGGGAUGCUUUUUUGAAUCUUCUGGGCAUAUAUAGUACUUCUGAGCCUCCC